GAGUGAGAAUGAAUGAAUGAAUGAACGAACAAACGGGGGCGGGGGUAACGGCUGCCGGUCCGUGCGCGCACCUAAACGUCUCUCAGCUCCAGCCGCCACCCAGCAGCGGAGGAUUGUUGGAGGGGCCGUGUGCGAGGGCAACAUUUGCCGAUCUCCAAUUGCAGAAGCUAUCUUCAGGAAACUGGUAACGGAUCGAGGCAUUACAAACAAAUGGAAAAUAGACAGUGCAGCAACAUCAACGUAUGAAAUAGGGAAUCCUGCUGACCAUCGGGGCCAGAAGUGUCUGAUGAAACAUGGCAUUACCACGAAUCAUAUUGCCAGGCAGGUAACCAAGAAUGAUUUCUUAACAUUUGAUUACAUGCUAUGUAUGGAUGAAAGCAAUUUGAGAGAUUUAAAAAGGAUGGCUGACAAAGUGAAGAACCUCAAAUCCGAAAUAAAGCUGCUUGGCUCAUUUGACCCACAGAAUCAUCUUAUUAUACAAGAUCCUUAUUAUGGAACUGAAGCAGAUUUUGAAGACGUAUACCAGCAGUGUUUAAGAUGUUGCACGGCAUUCCUAGAGACCACCACAUAACAAGUGCUGAGGGCUGUUUUAACAUAUUAGAAAAUUAAUCUUCCAUGAGUAAAAAUCUUGCCAAUAUUACUGUUUUCAAACUUUCAAAACUCAUCUCUGAAAAUGAAAUUAAAUAUUUUAGAAACUCACAUUAAUUUUGAAUGUUUCAUUAUUUACUUUACUCUGGAGAGGCAGUAGUUUUCCUUCAUUAAAGACACAUGAAUUUAAAGCAAAUUUGUGUUCAGACUUAUGGUUUGUUUUCAGGAAUUGCUAGUGAGAAGAAUUUCAGAAGAACAUUGCAUUGUUUUAAAAAUAAUUGUUGUCAACUUGUUUUGUUAUCGAAAAUUGACUUGUAUUUCAGAAAUAAUGAAUAAAUGCGCAUGACAAAA